CGGGAGGGCAGCUACGCGCGUGCCGGCGGGCUGUGCCGGCGCUCACUGCCCUUUGCCUUGCAGGCCGCGUCCUGCCGAGUGCCGGCGCUUCGCAGCCUCUGCGUGACCCCAGCGCAGGAGCCCUCCGAGCAUGGAAGACUCAUCUAUAAAGGGAACCUCGCCAGGGCCGUGCUAGGCGUGAAAUUUUUCUCUUAUUCCACCAGCAUCUUCAACCUCUUCAUGAUGCCCUACAUCAUGCUGAAAACUGGCCUUGGCUUUGAAAGCGUGUUGGUGCAAGCUGCCUUCUGCGGCCUGAUCGGGUUUUUCACGUUCGUGACGCCGGUGACACUGCACGUCCUCACGAAGGGCUACGUGGUUCGGCUCUACUACAGAGAUGCCACGGACACGUACACGGCCGUGACGUACAACGCCAUCCUGGCAGAGAAAACGACCAUCUUCCGGCAGGAGGAUGUAAAGCUGCCGGACAUCAGCAGGAUGUUCACAACGUUUUAUGCUAAAACUAAGUCCAUGCUUGUUAAUCCAGUGCUGUUCCCGAAUCCCCAGGAUUAUGAACAUCUCAUGGGUUUUGACAAGCCUUUUUAUUUUGACUUGGAGGAGGAAAAGGAAGCCACUGAAAGCAAAUGAUUUGAAGAUAAUGAAUGUCAUUAUUUGUGGUACACAGUGCUGCCUAUGUAGAAGAAUGUAAAAUUCUGUAGCCUUUUUUUUUAAUUAUCAGAUACUGUUAGACUUCUUCAGAUGCAUUUUGGAAUGUAUAAAAACUUGAAGUCUGUGUUUUU